AUGUUCGCAGUAUAUUUUCAUGGGCAGUAUAAAGGUUCUGAUGGUCUAAUAGACAAAUUUGACGAAAUGAGAAUCUUUACAGUUCGUUCAGACGAAAGUCUUGAGAAAACUCUAAAUGACUUUCAAACUCAAAUGAACAAAUAUUAUUGGGAAUUUCAAGAAAAAUACGACUCUUUACUAAAUGGAACAUACUAUCUGAAACUAGAAUAUGACAAGAUGAACUCCACCGUUUCAUUUCAAAAGAUUGAAAUUAACCCUCCAAGAGAUACAGAGUUUUUAUUUUGGAAAGUAGACAAACGUUCUUGGGCACAAUUUCUUCGGUUACUAAACCAGAACGAACCAUUACCACCAGAUGGUCCAUUUAAAUUUAUACUUCCACCAGCAGAUUUGACAGUUUAUAGAAAUGUGUUUGACCCUCAAAAUGUUAUGUGUCAUGCAAGUUUCAGUUCAAGCAACAAUAGUUUUCUAUGUAUUGGUAAGGACUUUUAUGACUUUGCUUCUAAAUUCUACGAACCACCUAGUAACAGUUUCUCUGACUUUCAAGUUUGGUUCACAACAAAUGGUGUGCAACAUAUUAUUCCAUUGUACUAUGACUUUUAUCUCGAAUUGUCUUUCAUAUAUAACUACGGAAAAGUGCUGAAAAAAGUAUUGAAAAAUAUAAUUUAG